AUGACGGUAAAACGACCUUUGAAGGAACUGCUUGCCAUGGAUCCAGACUCCAUCAUGGAUGAAGACAAGGAAGCUCCCAUUGCAGACGACACUACGACUGGCGGGCCAUCCUUUGCAAGCCCUGGAGCAGCGGCAGCAGCCGCUGGGUUAUGUAUUGAAUGUGGUGAUCAGCCUGCACAAGAAGAGUGUACUCAAUGCCAGGAAUCUUUCUGUGACGUGUGUUUCGGGUACUUACAUCGGACAGGUAAACGACGAACGCAUACGACGCGACGGUUAGGUGUUGAAAUAAAGGAAAAGCCCGAGGAAAAGCCAGUUGAAGAGAAAGAAGAGGAGGAAGAUGAUGAUGAAAAUGAUGAUGAUGAAGAAAAUGAUGAUAAUGAUGAAGAAAAUGAAGACGAAAAAUUGGCCAAAGCUCAUCGCGAAAAUCAAAACGCACCAACAGGAGGUCCAUCUAAAGACUCUGUGGAACGUGUUCUCGAACGGAUCCGACACCAUGCGGCAUAUGUGCCGAUGCGACUAACACUAGAAGAACGUAAGCUGCUACGAUUACUUGAAGCUGCACUCAAUGUUUCUGAGUAUACAGAUCGGGUAGAUGUGUUAUCAUAUACAUCUGCAGCGAAACGGAUUGUGGUACAAUUGCGAGAGAUGUGUGCUAUUUUAGCAGGGCUUGUUGUUGCAACAGAUAUGGCGACAGGUCGAGAAAUGUUUGAAACACAAGAUUUUGCAGCCAGUGCUGAAUGGUUUCAAGCCGUUUUUGAAGUUGGAAGAAGAUACAAGAUUAUGAAUCCGGAGAAAAUGAGAGAUUCAUUUGGUAAGCUUAUGUAUAUGAUUAUGGAUUCAAGAUUACCUGAAGUCCGUGCAGCCCUCGAGUUUGAUUUCUAUAAACCAAUUCAAACAGUUUACGGAUUUCUUAAAGCCAAGUCUGGAGAUGAAGAUGGGGAAGGUGUUUUACGAAUCUUUAACGACCCAUUAUUAGUUCAAGCAACCAUGGAGAUUAUUCCUGAUAACAAGUCUCGGGCAAUUGUUCAACGAGAUAUUAAGCGCAAAGAAUCUGCCAUCAAACUUUUAUCCAAGAAAUACGCAUCCAACUCUUUAUUCCGUAAAUCUGGAAAGGGCUCUGGUGUGACACCAGAUGAGAUUUGUCAAUGUCUUUAUUCACUUGGUGACUACCAUGCAUAUUUACGAGCCAACAGACAUCCAGUUGAAGAGAUGAUUCGAAUGUUGACUGCCCAUUUUUCUGCUGAUCUUCCAACUUCUGGUGAUGAACUUUCUUCGCUUAGUAUUUAUGCAGGCCGUGGUGGUUCCCGACUUUCUCACUCUCAUACAAAACAAUUUCUUUAUGUUCAACAAUCUCUUGCUCUUUGGUCUUAUAUUAUGCAAGACAUGUUUUGGCUCUGGACUUUGGCCGAUGAUGAUCUUACAAGUACAAGUGCUAGAUAUACACUUGCAGAUACUGGCCAAGGACUUAAUCGUGUCAAGGCUUGUCCACGUGUAGGCCGUGCUAUGCAUAGUAUUAUUGCUAAAACUCAGUCUCGUACCGGUGCUUGGAUCGGUUCUUCAGUUGUACAUUUGGGAGAUCGUGCAGUCCCUAAUGCUCUGUUUUUCCUCGACAAGUAUCUUCAAGUCCCUCGCAUUUUGACACCUGUUUAUUUGGCCAUCAAACACAUUGAGUCGCCAAGUGUUAGUGCAGACCCACAUUUGCGUGCAUGGAUUGAUGCACAGUUUGGAUCAAUUGAACAGCUUAAGCGUACCAUUCUCUGUGACUUUUUCAAGCACGGAUUUGAUGGGUCUGGUGCAGAUAACUUUUACGAUGCUGGUUCUUGUAUUGAUGGCCGUUUGACAUCUGCAUGGAGUUGGGCAAAUAGCAUUGCCAAAAAGCCAUACUACAAGAUCUUUUUAGUUACAGGAUUUUCUGGUUUUAAUGGAUCAGAUGGAUUCUAA